GCUCUAGUUGAUCGUUUUUUUUUUCUAUUCACGCGCAUCGUUUUCAAUUUGAAACCAGCGAGAAACGUAAAGUUGCGCACCAUUCACAUUGACUCCCAUGUUGAAUCAGUGUGUAUUGUAAGCUGUAGUUGUUGCAUUCAUCAUUACAUAGAUUCUACAUAAAAUAACGUUAAUGUAUACAAAAGUUCAGUAUUUGAUCGUGUGUUGACAACAUUAAAACUUUGUGAGCAAUGCAAAUAUACAGAACUCUUUAUUAAGUGCACGUUAACGAAAGGAAGUACCGAACCUGAUUAAAGAUGGCGAGCGCCGACUCCAAGAAAAAGACGAAGAAAGAUAAAAGUAAAGCUCAGAUGGCAAAGGGUGAUGUUGAGGUAGAAGUGGAGAGUAAGGAGAGUGUGGUCUACCUGAAGAACACUCUGGGCGCUAUCCUGCCUCAGUGCCUGCAUGAAGUUUGUCAGAAACGGCCCACAGAUCCCAUAGAAUUCAUCGCUUUGAGCUUGUACAAGUCUGUCGACUGUGAGCUGUAUUUCUACGAGAAGGCAAUCUUUUCUAAGGAGCUGCAGCUGAUGGCUCUGGAACUUCAAAAAGAGAAUGCCGUUCGACAAUCAAACAUUGAGAAAAUCAAGAAAAAAAUUCACGAGCUGAAACUUAUUCUAAGAGGCGAGAAAAGAAUUGAGUUGCUUCUGUGGGAGGAAGCGAGAAGAAAAACUCUGCUGGCUGCCGAAGAAGAAGAAGAAGAAUCGCAGAAAGAAAGUGAAAUCGAGGAAGAAGAAGUGAAGAAGGAGAUCGUCCAUUCAGAAACCGCUGACAGGAAAGCUCAGGACAGUGGACACAAAGACGAUAGGCACGUCAGUAAGGUUACGAAGUUUAUAAAAGCCCCGCCGCCGCCAAAACCCAAACCGAAAAAAACGCCACCAAAAUUUCAGAAGGUCCCCCGCAAGCGAACGCCCAUUGAGUCAAGCAAGCAGUCGAUGAUAAUUAGUGAGGCUACGACGGAGUUAGACGAAGACGAUAAGGUAUCGACGGGAUCUAGUUCGGAUUUGUUUGACGAUUCUAUUUUUAGAGACUCAGCAAGCGUUGUAGAAGAAGAGCAUUCAGAGGAGGAAGCAAGCCCUAGAGUUGAAGAAGAGGAAGAGGAGGUGGUAGAAGAGGAAGAGGAAAUAGAUGAGUUAUCGCCCAGUUUUGAAAAACUGUUCAAAAUAAAACCAGCAAAAAAGAAAGACUCGAAGCCGCGAAUAGAUCGGAGCAAGUCUCCGAAACGCGAGAAAAGCAGCCCAAAAUUGAAGAAGAAACCCAAGCGGCGUAAAGAGCAAGAUGUUGAGGUUGAAGACGAAGGAUUGGAUGAAGAGAUCACCGAAGAGGAAGCUCUCGAGGAAGAGGAUGAGGAAUUGGUCAAGCAGCAAGUCGGGAAAGAAACCAGUUCCAAGUUUCCUUUCAAAGGAAAAAAGGCAGACGACGAUGAUAAAAAAGGAAAAAAAGCAAAAAAGAAAAAGUCCAGCCUUACUCUCCUUGACGAGCCUAGAAAAAGCAAAACAUCGCUAACGGAUGAGAGUGCGAUGAAAAAAAAAGAGAAACCAAAAAAGGGAAAGAAAGGUAAAGUCGAUGAGACCCCAUCGGAAGAGGACGCUAAAGCAAAGAAAGCACAGGCAAAGAAAAAACCGACGAAAAAAACCUCGGGGCGCAUAAGCGGCGAUGAAAAGGAAGACGAUGAGGAAAGUUUUGAUGAACCACGCCUGUCAUCGAUGAUCAUCGCCGAGAGGAAAGAAUCAGUUCCGUCUAAAACGAAAGCAGCAAAGUUGAAAAAAUCAUCCAGCAGUAAGAUAAAGAUCGAGGGAAAGGAAUCCGUCGGCAAGGUUUCCCCCGCGGGAAAGGACGACACCGAAAAAGAAAAGAAACGAAAAGGGAAAAAAACCGAGGUAGAAAAACCCCGAAGCCCCAGCUUGUUAUCGGAUGACUUCGACCUUGACAUGGGCGAGGAGGCUGGCGAGGACUCCGAUGACUCGUCAAAGCAGUCGCAGAAGAAGAAGAAAGGAAUAGACUCGGACGACGCCGGCAAGAAAAAGAAAAAGAAACGCGACCUUGAGAAGCCCGACUCGCGUGACUUGAUGUCUCCUGAGGAAGGGAAGAAAGCCAAAAAGAAAAAAGCCAAGAAAGGAAAAUACGAUGAGGACGACGAUGAAGAUGACGAUAAGAAGGAAUCAUUUGAUGAAGAAGUCGAGGAGACGAAAAGUAAGAAGAAAAAAUCAAAAGACAAGAAAAAACGCGGGCUCGAAACUUCGAGCCCAGAUGGUUCCACCUUACAAGGUGACGAAGACGAUGAAGAUGUGGAUGAGAGUGUUGCGAAGAAGAAAAAGAAGAAGGGUAAAAAACGUGAGGUCGAUGACGACGAAGAAGACGAUCAGGGUUCUGUAGAGGGAGAGCAAAAACGCAAGACGAAGAAACGGGAUUCGAUGGAAUCUCUGGAAGGCGAGGAAACAUCGCCGAAGAGGAAAGGAAAAUCAAAGAAGGACGACGGAGAGGAAAGAAAAAAGAAGAAAGCCUCCUCUAAAUAUGAUGAGGAGGAUUACGAUGAAAAAAGUUCGUUGGAGGAAGAAAUUGAGGAAAAAGUCAAGACGAAGAAAGGUAAAAAGAAAUCGGAUGACGACGCUGAGGAGGACCGGGGGAAAAAAAAGAAAGCGAAAACACGAGGGGAGGAAGGUUCUGAUGAGGAGGAAGAACCUGUGGGUAAAAAGAAAGGAAAGAAAAAAGGAAAACCGGUCGUGGAUGAAGAUUCGGAUGAAGACGAGCCGGCCAGAAAGAAAAAAGCGAAAACUAAACCCGAUGAGGAAAUGGACGAAGAGGAGCGGCCAAAAAAGAAAAAAGGAAAGGCGAAACCGGAAGAAGAGCCGGAUGACGAGGAGCCGGUCAGGAAAAAGAAAGGGAAAACCAGACCGGAAGAGGAACCGGAUGAAGAAGAUGAACCGGUCAAGAAAAAGAAAGGGAAAACCAGACCGGAUGAGGAGCCGGAUGAAGAUGAACCGGUCAAGAAAAAGAAAGGGAAAACCAGACCGGAUGAGGAGCCGGAUGAAGAUGAACCGGUCAGGAAAAAGAAAGGGAAAACCAGACCGGAUGAGGAGCCGGAUGAAGAUGAACCGGUCAGGAAAAAGAAAGGUAAAACUAGACCGGGUGAGGAGCCGGAUGAAGAUGAACCGGUCAAGAAAAAGAAAGUAAAAACGAGACCGGAUGAGGAGCCGGAUGAAGAUGAUGAACCGGUCAAGAAAAAGAAAGUAAAAACGAGACCGGAUGAGGAGCCGGAUGAAGAUGAUGAACCGGUCAAGAAAAAGAAAGUAAAAACGAGACCGGAUGAGGAGCCGGAUGAAGAUGAUGAACCGGUCAAGAAAAAGAAAGUAAAAACGAGACCGGAUGAGGAGCCGGAUGAAGAUGAUGAACCGGUCAAGAAAAAGAAAGUAAAAACGAGACCAGAUGAAGACCUCGAAGAAGAGGCCCCGGUCAAGAAAAAGAAAGGAAAAACUAGACCGGGUGAGGAGCCGGAUGAAGAUGCGCCUGUCAAAAAGAAAAAGGUAAAAACGAGACCGGACGAAGAACCGGGUGAGGAAGAACCUACUAGAAAGAAAGAAGCGCGAAUAGCCUUCGAGGAAGAUAUAGAUGAAGACGAGACGACGAAAAAGAAAAAAACAAGACUUGAUGAAGAGAUCGACGAAGAAUUCACCGAACCUGCAGAUGAGACAGAGAAAGUGCCGGAAAAAGAAGGGCGCGUCAAGAAGAAAAGACCGGCAUCAGACUCAUCCGACGACAAUGAAGAAGGCAAAAAGAAAAGAGGCAGACGUAAGAGCAAGGUGUCCGAUCUGGACGACUCAGUCAAAAAACGGCUCCUCGAUGAUGAAAGUCGACUUCAAGAAGACAUAUCGGAAACGAAAACGGAACAGGAACCGAUAGACGAUGGUGUUAAGGAAAAGAAAAAACGUAAGAAAACCAAGACAGAAGAUGGAGAAACCGUCACUCGGCGUCGAUCGACGAAGUCCAUAUCAGAAGAUGACAUCGUGGAAGAAGAUUCCAAAUUAAAAAAACAGAAGCGGGACGCGGAUGAAUAUGCUGCCGAAACACGGGAAUCGGAAGGUGAAGAUUUGGAUCAGAUGCCGGAAUUCAAAAAGAAACAGCCGAAGAGUAAACUGUCGAAAGCGUUGGAUGAAGACAUCCCGCUGGAGGAGACGGAGUCGGAUGUCAAAGAAUUCGAUGACGCCGAAGCUUCGGAACAGGGCGUCUUUGACGCGAAAGAUCGCCGCGAAUCGCGCAAGGCGAAAAUGUCCGUGUCCAAGACAAAAGAGGAAACGGAGAGGAAAACGAAGAAAAAACGCGACGAUUACUCAGACGAGCCAGCAGACGAGGACCGGGAAAUGCCGGUUGAGAAAAGGAAAAAGGAGGAGAAGCGACGAUUGGAGGAAGAGGAAUCGGAGGAAGAUUUGAAACCAAGGGACUCCGCGCUGAGGAAGGAUGACGACGAUAUUGACGACACACGACGCGGGAGUAUCCCGGAGGAAGACGAUUUUUACUUUGAGUCGAAGAGGUUCAACUACUUCGACGGCGGUGCGCGCUACAAGUCGGAGGAUGAUGUGUCCAAGUACGUGGACGCCAAGAAGCUGAGGAAGAAGAGGAUGUCGAAAGCGAUAACACCGAUAACGUGUGAGUGGUACCUGGACAAGCCGCGCGUGCUGGUCUGCAGACAUCCUAUUCUGGGAGAGAUUCGGUCCCAUCAGCCGGUGCUCUUUAAAGUUUUAGAAACACCGACCUACUGGGACCACGAGAAUUUCAACUGCCAGGUGUUCUAUGAGCACGAGAUUUACUGCGUGUGUGAUCCGAGGGCUGAUGAUGACAAGUUCAAGAACGUGAUGAUGGAGUGGCAUGAGGAGGAUUGGGCGUUGUAGUUGUGGGAAAAGACAGCAGCAACAACCCAUAACAAACCAGCUGUAUGUGACACCAAACGAUCCCCUCCUGAUGUUAUGAAAUCUGAUGAGUAAACAGCGCGACAGGCUCGAAUUUUAACUAUAUUUUCCAACAAAAUAACAAAACGUUUGACAUAUUUCUUUAUAAAUAUUUCCUUGUGUUUUUUUUUAUUCCCAACCACAUGUGUUUGAUAGUUCAAACACAUUUGCUAGUGGUCUUGGCGUUUAAUCUACCAGUUUGAACAAUACGGACAAACGUUGUAGGAAAUUGAUAAUGUGGUGAAAUGGUUUCUCUAAAUACCGAAGAAACUAAUUAACAACCGUGACGUUUCAAUAAAAUAAAUAAUUGGUUUGACAAGUACUUGCGAUGGUUUACUAACGGAAAUUAUGUACGGAAAUUGUGUACGGAAAUUUAAUUUAACAACAACUGACGGAAAGAUACUACAUGACGCUAUGUGACCUGACAUACACACGUAUGACUGCACGUAUGUACACAUAUGUUGACUUUACGCAUACGUGUUAAGAAAUGCGGACUUUACACUUAAAUCUUUGGAUUCUCAUUUAUCUUUUUACAUUUACCAUUUCAACAUGCUUUAUACACUAUUUUUUGACUGUUUUUUGUUUAAAAUUUGAUAAAUAUAUAAUUAUAUAAUCAUGUUUGAUAGACAUUACCUAAAGAACAAUGCAUACGAAUGGACAUAUAAUGACAAGCCUCUUAGGGUGUAUGUUAUACGAUAAAUAAAAGUUGGACAAAUUACUUAAACGAGAGAAGUUACUAUCAGACUUGUGUUCGCAACGAAAAAGACCUAACAAUGUUGUCUUUUAUAUUUCAAUGUGUUACAUGUGUCUAGAUGGCUUUGUCAAUAAUUUGUAUAUGAUUCAUUUAUAGGGCGUUAUUUGAAAUUGUCUUCUAAACGUAGAUUGCUUGUUCUGUUUAUAAAUAAAGAUAUACGUUUACAUAGA